AUGUGUAAUACCUACUCAUUUAUUUAUAAAUGCCUGAUCGAGGGGCAUGCUCAUUGGGGAAAGAAUGUUGUCCAAGCCAAAUGCGACCGCAUGAAAGGGCUUGAACCAGGUGCCGUAUGCGAAUGCGAAGAAGAAACUCACUACUCCGGCUUGCCUGACGAGCAAACUUUUCGAGGCUGCAUUGGAAAUAUCAAGUGUUUCCUCCAAGCAUCUUCACCUCUCCCUGGCACGUCCCUAACACCGUUCUCACUAGAGCAAAACGAUUGCUGGGCCCGCAAAAUAUUAGAUGCCCUCGGCGCCAUCCCGCGAGACAGUUCGUUCUUUUCCCUACCGGAGCACGAGGGGCGUUAUGUCCAACCGAACGAUCGUGGGACGUAUAUAUCAAGGCAGCGUCUCCACGAAAUGCACAUGUACUAUAUGAUGUUGAGUGGCUACCUCCAGAGACGGAUGAUGCUUAGAGCACAAGAACUGAAGUCGUCAACGACAGAAUCGACUGAUGUUUUAUGGGCUUUUGUUUCAUGGACUGAUGCUGAGGAACGCGACUUCGAAUUAUACCAGCAAUUCUGUAACAAAAUCAUUUUAUUUGGGACGGAUCUGUUCGAGUAUAGACUGAGAUGGGAUAUCCCCGGGGAGGAACGACCUCGACUUCUUGAGCUGGUCAAACCCGACGAUCUAGAUGAAACAAAAAAGGAUUGUGUUAUUUGCUAUUGUCCGCUUGGAAAAGUCACGGUCUUAGAUACGGGGACGUGGCAGGAAGAGGCGGUCAAGCUCCCUUGCGGACAUGUUUUUGGGGCAACCUGUGUCGCGAGAUGUGAAUUCCGUGCUUGGGGGGUUCGAUGCCCGUAUUGUCGAAGCAGGUUCCCCAGGGGGGAGUAUAAGUUUCCAGGGGAGGAAGGGGAAGAUAGGGUGGGCCCGGGGUUUGUGGAGGUGGAUUGGGUGGGACUUGUAGAUUGGUGUUUGAAUGAAGCUGGGUACGCUGGAGGUGACGAAUCAUAG